AUGGGUUCCGAACACCAUCCGGUGCAGCAAAAAGGCAUCUACCACAACCUUCCAACAUUCGACCCAUCCAUCCAGAAUCUGACCGCGAUCGUCACCGGGGCCAAUGGCAUCUCCGGCUUCCACACGAUGCGAGUUCUGCUCGAGAGUCCUGACCGAUGGAGCAAGGUCUAUGCGUUGUCGCGGCGGCCACCGCCCAAGGAAAUGAUGGCCUUGCUUCCCGAAACUCAGCGACGGCGAGUGCAACAUGUGGCUGUCGACUUCCUGGACGAGCCGCCCAAGAUCGCCGAGGCCAUGAGCGCUGCCAACAUCGGGGCCGACUAUAUCUUCUUCUAUUCGUAUCUGCAGCCGCGCCCGCCACCUGGCGCGGCGGCAUGGUCCAACGCCGAAGAACUAGUCAAGGUCAACUCGGCUCUUCUGGACAAUUUCUUGCAGGCGUUGACGUUGUCGAAAAUAACUCCCCGCCGCUUCUUGCUUCAGACCGGCGCGAAGAACUACGGCCUGCAUAUCGGGCGCGCCCGUACCCCAGCUGUCGAGUCCGACCCGCAGCCAACCCACCUGGAGCCCAACUUCUACUAUGCGCAGGAGAAAUCCUUGCUGGCAUACUGCGCGGCCAACAAGACCUCGUGGAACGUGAUCCGUCCGGCCUGGAUCGUUGGGGCCGUCAAUAACGCCCAGAUGAAUGCGCUGCAUCCGUUUGCCAUCUACGCUGCCGUCCAGGCGCAAAAGGGCGAAGCAUUGUUCUUUCCUGGCGAUUGGGAUGCGUGGCAAUUCGAAGCGCACCACUCGACGGCCAUGUUGACCGGCUAUCUGUCCGAAUGGGCGGUGUUGGAGGACAAAUGCAAGAACGAGGCGUUCAACUCGCAGGACACCAGCCCAUUAAGUUGGGACCGGUUCUACGAAGAACUGGCGCGGUGGUUCGACGUGCAGAAGUGCGUGCAUCCGCCGGAGGAGGACCUGAGCAAAUACCACGAGAUCGUGGGUAGAGCCGGCAAAGAAACGCCUAUGGGCUACGGCCCACCCAUGGUCUCCCGCAGCCUCUUUUCGCUCGUCGACUGGGCAAGAGAUUCUGCCAACAAAGCAGCGUGGGAGACGUUGAUGGAGGACUCGCACGGCCGACUGACUGACAAUCCCUUCGACGAUCCAGAAGCCGACUUCACAUUCGGCGAAGCUGCAUUGGUCGGGCUGGGCAGCCUCUCCAUGAACAAGGCUCGGGGACUGGGGUGGACUGGGUUCGUAGACACCAUCGAAGCCGUCUUUCAGAUGUAUUCGGAGAUGGCAGCGCUGGGCAUGCUCCCCAACAUGAAGGUUAACAAGCCCAAGCCUUUGAUCUGA